GUGUCUUCUGGGUCAAAAAGCAUGUUCCUGACUGAAGUGUGUCAAUUGAGGAAGCAGCUGGUAAUGACAGAAAAGAAGGCCCUGAAGGGGGCGGGGGGGGUCACAACAUUUUCACUGCAGGUGAAACAACCCCAAAAACUACAAAACUGUCAAAAAGCAAGGCCUGCAAACAGACAUUUCUUUAACCUACUGUAUGACCAGAAACCAUGUUUUAAAAUGAAAAUACAUGUUGAGACAUGUAACCUGUGCAGUGAAUAGAUGUACAUGAUAUGGGAAUUGAACUGGGCCCACAGAAUUUAAAUUUAUGUUAACUAACUGUUUGAUAUUUGUUUGGUGCAAAACACACAGAAACAAAAACAGAUUUGAUUUAUAAAGACCAAAACUCACUGGAAUGCAUUAACAAGGGGGCUUAUUAGUUUCAUUUGAAACAACAGACUGUACUUAUCACAUUGUUAAACACUGUCUGCAGUAAUCUCUCAUUACCACUCUGCUGCUUGUAGAAAUAACACAAAAAACCAACUCUAAUAUCAAAUUAAACCACACUGAAACUGAAAACAAGAUAAAAAGAGAGCUAUUGUUGACCUGAUAUCUUCUAAAGACUUCCAAGAUGAAAGGGAUCCUGAUAACAUUCACAGGCACUCAAAUAAGAAUUGAAGCCUUUAGUUCAUGCCACCUUUUAGGUUAUAGUCUAAGAUGGUUCCUUUUCAGAUUGUCAAUGCAGGGCAAUGGUUGCCCACAAUAUGUAGUUCCGAGGUUUUUACUUGCCAGGACUUCAACCAGGUUAUUUUAAUUCUACUUGGUUUCCUCUGUACUUGAACUAAAGCUUAAGUUGAUGUGUACUGCAGCUGCCUCAUCAGUUAAAAAUCUAAAGCUGGCUCUCUGUGUGACUUACUUUUGAGGCCUGAUUUUUUAAUUACAUUCAGAAUUACUUAAUUUGGAAACCAUUCAAAUGCCUGUAGUUUACAAAACAAUUUGAUAUGCAUUUACUAUAUGAAUCAUAACAAUAUCGACAGUUCACAUAAUUUAGCAAUUAAAGACAUCAAAGCACAAGUCAUCUGGCGUAAUCAAAGCCGUGCAAAUAUGUGACUAAACAGUAGCCAUAGAACUAAUGUUUCAAGUGUCAAAUCAUGAAUCAUAUCCCUCUGAUCAUUACUGUGAAAAAGUUCAAACACAGAACUUACUGACUUAAUUAACUCUUUUUGACCAGUAAAUGAAGCCAUUGUACCACUGUGAAACUAGGCUUGUCAAAUCACGACCGGAUUAGCUAUUACAAACAGCUUUAAUCAAACUUUAAGCAACUUGUUGAUACCUCCAAUCAUACAAGAAAUCUCCUUGAGCCUAUCUUUUUUAUUUGCAACAGGUUUCAUUGUCUCAAAGUACCCAGCCCUGCAAAGCUCCAGCUCUAUAAAGUGUGCUGUGUGUGGAGGAGAUACAGCAGAGUAUUGCUGAUUUCAGACUACAGUAUGAAGAUGUAUGGUGAUAAGGUUGACCUGAUGUUUGCAGGCAUUUUCUUCAUGACAUUUUGUGGUGUUCACUUUGGGCAGCGGGUGGUAGAAACACAGAGAGGCCCUCUUUUCCGCACAGAAAGCUCUCAUAUUACUCUGUCAUGUAAAGUGAGAGGCUACGAAGGCACUCCAAAACAGAACUUCCAUUGGUCCAUUUAUCGGCCUGCUUCCCCCAGUGUGGAGAUCCAUAUUGUGAGCACAGCAGACCCUCACUUCACAUACGCUCUCUAUCGGCACAGAGUGAGAAUGCAGGACAUUUACAUUGAGAGAACCAGCACAGACUCAGUGCUCUUGCACAUAACCAAACUACAAGUGCACGACCAAGGAGAGUACGAGUGCUACACUCCCAAUACAGACUCUGUCUACUACGGAGCCUACAGUGACAAGACAGUCCUCACAGUCAUUCCAGAUACACUUCAGGCCCGAAUCUCAGCUCUAUCAGUUCGGAGAGCUGCAGGAGAGUCCCUCAGUCUGUCCUGUGACGUGUCGAAGCGAACUUCCCAGCACACGCACCUGUCCAUCUCCUGGUUCCUGCAGAGAGGAGGAGAGAACCUGGAGAUCGUCACUCUCUCAAGAGAAUUCAUCCUGCGGGCUGGAACGGCUUUUCACCGCAGACUUGAAUCAGGGCACCUGCGCAUGGACAGAAGUGGUCUGACAACAUACCAGCUGACCAUCUUCCAGCUGCAGCAUUCAGACCAGGGCGAGAUUUACUGUGAGGCAACUGAGUGGAUCCAGGAUCCGGAUGAGUCCUGGUAUCCCUUAUCAGUAAAACAGACAGAAAACACAAAGGUCACUGUGGAGCAGAGGCCGCCAAUGGCAGAUGUCCAAGAGUCAGAGUACACCACUGAUUCGUCAGUCCCCAAAAAAACAUUCCAGCCCCUGCAUGCACAUGGUAUUGUUCUUCAGGCUAGCAGUCUUUGCUCAGAUGUUGUAUCUUUAACAAGUUCUUGGGCCUACUAUGUCUUGAUCAUCCUGUUCUUUGUGAUCUAAUACAAGCAGAACAAGGAUGACAACAGGCAAAAACAACUAACACUGUGUGCAGUGGUCUCACAUGCAGGGAUUUAAACAGGACAUUUAGGAGAAAGUGGGUUUGUUGUCACAGGAUUUGUCCAAGUAAUGUUUAGGUUUAUAAGAUACUACAUUAAUGUUUAUGGAGUAGUGUAGUUAUUCCACCCUCAUGAAUACAGAGUGGAAUAAACACAGACCUCCGUGAACUUUCAUGUUUAAAAAAUAUGCCAUAUUUUCAAAGUGUUACUUAUGGUCUUUAAUUAACUCCUAUUUUCUUAAAGGAAAAAAAAAAUCAUGAGAAACAAACACCUUGAGUGUGCUUCAGAGAACUUGAAAUAUAUUACUUAGUUGUUUGGUUCUAGUUUUGUAACAUUAACAGACAUUUGACCUCUUUAAAAAAAUAGGACUUACUUAAAGACUGCAGUAAACAUUGAAAAAAUGAUGGCGUAGUAUGUUUAAAUGUAAAUAAACAGUUGAGUUCAAGCUCUGCAUUUGCUUAGCGUGGCAGUGUUUUGGAAUAGUGUGAUUCUGUUGUUAAUUUUGAAUGAAUGCAAGGAAGAAUGACAAAUGAGAUCUGGUGAAAAGCAUUGAAUACGUUAAGCGUUGAAUACUAAAAAAGUUAUUCAAUGUUAAACCCCCAAAUAUUACAUUAAAAAACAUGGAACCAUGGGAUAGCAAAGCUACUAUUAUGUGUUUAUGUGCCUAUACUGCUAACUCAGCUUCCUAGGUAUCUUGUGGUUAUUUUUUGAUUAAUGUAUGUCCACCUAGACUUGUGUCAUGAGAGGUAAAUAUAUGCACAGUAUACACACCUUAUAUUUUACAACUCAUUUGUACUCCUUCCAUAAGCAAGCCUUGUGUUUUGACAAUGUGUUACUAAACCACUAGCUGUUUUCUAUUAUGUACAUGAUAUGCUUGGCAUUCCCUCAAGCUGUUGACAAAAUAAUAUGGCACUGAUGAGGAUGAAAAUAUGUUAUAGGAUAACAAAACGUACAUUGAUGCCAUGUGUAACUCGAAAGCAUCCAGGUUUAAAACUCUUUUGUAAGAAUAAUUUUGUACAAGUUGUGUUUGUACUCAUUAAUGACAUUUUUUUUUUUUUUUUAAUAAUUUUUGUAUUCAAACUUUUUGAAUUGCAGUUUUGUUGCAUCUUGCUGCCCUCUUGAGUAUGUGGGCAUUGCCUCAACUUGUAAAUAAAAUGAAGAAAUCCAAAACACUGCUCCUUGCUUUUUCGUUUGUUUGGUCACAUGAAACAAUCCACUGCCUUCUCCAUUUAGAGAUGUUUAUUUAUUAUCCCUGAAGUACUUUUGUAUACACUGUAAUUACCACCCACUUUAUUGGUGAGGAUUCCCGGAAUACAAAUUCAUGUGCAUUGAAGCACAUCAGAAAAUCAUGAAGUUUCCCUACAAUUCUAUAUGGCUGUUAAACUCACAAAACACACGGAAUAAUGCUUACAUGAUUCCAUCAUUCUUGUGUUCCUUCUCACAAAAAACAGGCCAUUAAGAAAACAUUUGAAUGAGAGCUUCUCUUUGACUGAGUCCUCUCACGCAUUUGUUUUUGCUUUUUAUAAAUCACAAAUCAAUGUAUCAGCCUUUAAUGAGCUCAUACAGCAUCAAGGUAAAAUCAAACCUCUUCAUAUAUAUUGUUAUACAGUGCUGUUUUUUUUUAUUUUUAUUUUAUUUUUUUAUUGUACAUUCUGUUCUAUUUAAUUCUCUAUUAAAUAUAUUUAUUUGCCUUAAAAUACAGUUGCAUUAUGUUCAAUCACUACUGUUGACUGCCUAGCUCAGCCUUUUAUCCUUUUGGAUCUAUUCUUGCCCAGCAGUCUAUUUCUGUUUGUCUAUAAUGAUAAUCUGAGCCUUAAAACAUAAGUGAUGAUUAAUGGAUAAGUUCUUAAAAAAGAACAUAAAAUGUUUUGUGUUCUUUGCACAGCAUGCUAUAUCCACACUUUGACAAAUCCAGAACAUAUUUUUAUUUUUGUUACAUUAUAUGUGUUACACAUUUUUCACAAGACAAAAAGCUUAGUACUGUAAAUCUGCCCCCGCUGCAUUGUUCAGAGAGCACUACCAUGCCUACAAUGUGCCAUCAAUAAAAUUAAUUGCAAGGCGCUCUCAUUGCUUUUCCUUCUUGUGACUCACACUGGGUCAUUAAAUUCAUUUUAGACGGUAGUUAUGUCCACCCCACGCAAUGUAUAUUAUGAGGCUGAAUGGUUUGACGGUGCAUUAAAUUAGAGGUCUGAGUUCAGAGAGUCUCAAUUACUCUUCCUCUCAUUCUGUGCUUAUGCGCAUGCAGAGUCAUGUAACAUAUGGACAGCAGGGGGCACUGCUGCUUAG